CGCUGCUCCCCUCUCCUUCAAAGAUGCUCCUAGAGAAAGGGCGCAGCGCACCACUUCCUCUUUGUGAUUCGUGAAGGCACCUCUCCUCCUCCUCCUCCUUCCCCAAAUCUAUUCCUGGUCUCCAUCGCCGCACUCCCCCUCCUCGCGAUCCCUGCUAGAGAAUGGGCAGCCUGGCUUCGGAGAAGACGGUGGUCGGGUGGGCCGCCAGGGACGCCACCGGCCACCUCUCCCCCUACACCUACACCGUCAGGAAGACUGGCCCUGAAGAUGUGGUUGUGAAGGUGCUGUAUUGUGGGAUCUGCCACACUGACAUCCACCAGGCCAAGAAUCAUCUUGGUGCUUCAAAGUACCCCAUGGUCCCUGGCCACGAGGUGGUCGGUGAGGUGGUGGAGGUCGGGCCGGAGGUGACCAAGCACCGCAUCGGCGAUGUCGUCGGCGUAGGGGUGAUCAUCGGGUGCUGCCGUGAGUGCCGCCCCUGCAAGGCCAAUAUCGAGCAGUACUGCAACAAGAGGAUCUGGUCGUACAACGACGUCUACACCGACGGCCGGCCAACGCAGGGAGGGUUCGCCUCCACCAUGGUCGUCGACCAGAAGUUCGUGGUGAAGAUCCCCGCGGGUCUGGCGCCGGAGCAGGCGGCGCCGCUGCUGUGCGCCGGCUUGACGGUGUACAGCCCGCUGAAACACUUCGGGCUGACGGCCCCGGGCCUCCGCGGCGGCAUCCUGGGGCUCGGCGGUGUGGGCCACAUGGGCGUGAAGGUGGCCAAGGCGAUGGGCCACCACGUGACGGUGAUCAGCUCGUCGUUCAAGAAGCGCGCCGAGGCGAUGGACCACCUGGGCGCGGACGCGUACCUGGUGAGCUCCGACGGCGACGCGAUGGCCGCCGCGGCCGACUCGCUGGACUACAUCAUCGACACGGUGCCCGUGCAUCACCCGCUGGAGCCAUACCUGGCGCUGCUGAAGCUGGACGGCAAGCACGUGCUGCUGGGCGUCAUCGGCGAGCCGCUGAGCUUCGUGUCCCCAAUGGUGAUGUUGGGCAGGAAGGCCAUCACAGGGAGCUUCAUCGGGAGCAUGGAUGAGACCGCCGAGGUGCUGCAGUUCUGCGUCGACAAGGGGCUCACCUGCAAGAUCGAGGUGGUGAAGAUGGGGCAAGUGAACGAGGCGCUGGAACGGCUGGAGCGGAACGACGUGAGGUACCGCUUCGUCGUCGACGUCGCCGGUAGCAACAUCGAGGAGGAGGCGGAGCCGGCGAGCAACGGCGCUGAGUGAGACCUGUACACGUUUGAUGUUCGUUCCUGUCGAGGGGGUGUGCGCGCUCGGCGCUUCUGCGUUCUUCAGUUCUGCGUUUUGGGCUUGCGUAGAGUGAGAGGAUGCUUGAUGUAAUCUCGGAUCUAAUAUCGAUGUAUUAUACUUGGAAUAUACCGACCAAUAAUCUGAGUACGUGUAGCAUUGA